GCGGUGCCAGAGAUAAGGCCCACUGUUUGAAAAACAAAACAAAACAAAAUAAAAUAAAAUGAGCGAGAAAGCGAGGGAAGAUACUUCGCUGCUUUUUUAUGGUGCCUGCAUCCAUGGCGGAGGUUGAGAGGGAAACAAGAGAGGAAGAAGAGUGCAGGGAACUACUGCCUGCCCCCGCUCUUCUCCACCCUGAGAGACGGCGACAGAGAUGUUGAAUAGAGAUGGAACUGGGUAAAAAGGGAGGAGGAACAAAGUCUUCAGUUCAUAACAAGCGUUCCCUGAUAUGGGAGCUCAAACAGCACACAGUUCUUCAGUGUUUUGUUGCUAUUAUUAGGUUGAUAAAUGCAGGGAAAAAAAGAGAACAAACCCCGUCGACCUGUAGGCUAUAUAAUGACAUCAAUCCUUCGAAGAGCAAAGUACAGGCUGAGAGGAGAGUUGUUGUGUGUGUAUAGUGCUGGUUUUGGUGGCUUGUUGAGUUCUUGUGUGCGAGUUUGUUUUAUCAAAUAAAAAGGAUGUCCCUCAGUGGCAACGGGAAGAGGACAUUGGAAGAAUUAGUGGGAGAAGCGAGGGAAGAAGAGAAAGCUAUUUUUGUUGGAGAGAAUAAGAGGCAGAGGAGGGGUGUGAGCAAAGAGGGGUCGGAGCCGAGGUCGGUGCUGGAGACCAGGCAGAGCCUGAGCCCUCCGACCUCUACUUCCACCCUGUCUCCUUCCCUGUGCGGCGGCGGCGGCGGCGGCGGCGGCGGAGGCUCCUCCGACACCACCUCCUUGGCCGCGGCGGCAGCGAUCUCAGAUGGCCUCCUCGCCGAAGAGGGCGGCGACGCCGCGGACCAGCGGAGGGAGGAGUGGGCCGCGGAGUUGCAGCCCAUCACGGCCGGCCUGGACAUCGGCUUCGCUAGCCGCGAGAGAAUUGGGCUCGGGAUGGAGGAUUGGGAGGCCGUCUUCUCGGAGCCCGCCGCCUCCCCCGGCCAGGACCAGACGUUUCUCCGCUGGAUCAUGGGCGACAUCGUCGACCCCACCAAAUUCUCCUCCUCCGGCGCCGCCAGCGGCGGCUCGAGGCAGCAGCCUCUGUUCCCCGCGGUUCCGGCUGAAUUCGAUGACCACAGUGCUGGCUUGGGGUUUGGCGGGCUCGCCGAUCCAGGCUUCGGCCUCGGAACCAUCGGAGGGAUGGAUGGAGCCCCGUCGGUCAGCACUUCCACUAUUACUCUUCCCCCCACUCCUUCUUUCUCUUCUUCCAAACUUUCUUCCGGCGGCGGGGGGCCUUCUCUUUCGAGCAGCAAUGGCAGCACCAGUAGCAGCAGAAUUCCUCCACCGCUGCCAAGCACCGUCAUCCAAGAUCCCACCUUUGGCUGCCAACCCAGGUCCACUCUGUUCCCUCCGCCGCGGCCGGCCACCGUCAUCCCGGCGGCGCCGGCGCAGGCGCGGAGGUUCUUCCAAGAGCCCAGCGUGGACAGGCCGCAGCUCUUCUGCUCCAACCCUCUCCUCAACGAACGGCUCCAACUUCGCGCUCCUUCUAACCCGGGCUUCUUCGCCCCGGUGCCCUCCUUCGUCGCCGCCUCGACCACGCACCAGCCCCUGUCGCCGCCGCCGCUCUUCCCGCCCCAAAUUCUAACUACACCUCCCUUCCCUCCUCCCUCCGGCAGGCCGGACCUCUUCCUCCAAACAAGCCACCUCGCCCAACAGCGCUUCGCCUCGUCGCAAUCCAUCGCUUACCAUCACCAGCAGAGGUCGGCGAGGCCGAGGUCGGCGUCGGGCGAUGACGCGGCCGCCCAGCAGCAGGAGCAGGCGUUGGUGGACCAGCUCUUCAAGGCCGCGAAGAUGGUGGAGGCUGGAGAGUCGGAUGGCGCGCGUGGGAUAUUGACGCGGCUCAAUCACCAGCUUCCCUCCCCACAGGGGAAGCCCAUCCUCCGCUCCGCUUUCUACUUCAAGGAGGCCCUCAACCGCAUCCUUGGGGACGCCGCCUCCAAUUCCACCCAAUCGCCGUCGCCAGCCCACGCGCGCCGAGCCUUCCCGAAUCCCAUCACCUGUGCUCUGGAGUCCGUGCUCAAGCUCACCUCCCUCAAGUCUUUCUCCGACGUCUCCCCGAUCCUCAUGUUCACCAACUUCACCUGCAUCCAGGCCCUCCUCGAGAGCCUUGCCGGCGCCGACUGUAUCCACAUCGUCGACUUUAAUGUUGGCAGCGGCACCCACUGGUCCGCCUUCAUGCAGGAGCUGGCCCAGAGGAGCUGCACGGCCGGCGGCCCCCCGAUGCUCAGAAUGUCCGUCUUCGUAUCGCCGGAAGCUGACCGCUCCUUCGACCUCGAGCUUGCUUGUGGCACCCUCGCCUUUUGGGCUGGCCGCCUUAAUAUUCCAUUUGAAUUCAAUGUCAUGAACCUCGACAACUUCGACCCCUUGGCGAUCCGCAGCCUGGUUGACGCACCCAUUGCCGUGAACCUCCCCGUUUGCUCUGCGCAUAACCUAUCCCUGACCCUCCUCGGCCUCGUGAAGCAGCUCACCCCAAAGGUCGUGAUCUCGGUGGACCUCGGGCGUGACCGCAGCGAGCUGUCCUUCUCGCACCACUUCCUCCAUGCCUUCCAGUCCUGCAUGGUCCUCCUCAACUCCUUCGAUGCUGCAGGCGCCAGUCCGGAAGCAGCCACCAAGAUCGAGCGGUUCUUAGUGCGGCCGAGGAUUGAGAGUAGCGUCCUUGGGCGCCACCGUGCCGGUGACAAGAUGCUUCCAUGGCGGACACUCUUUGCAUCAGCUGGUUUUGUGCCCCUGCAGUUCAGUAGCACCACUGAGUUGCAGGCUGUCUGCCUGCUGCAGAGGGUGCCGGUGAGGGGCUUCCAUGUGGAGAAACGCGAGGGUUCGCUUUUCCUCUAUUGGCAGCAUCAGGAGCUUGUCUCUGUGUCAGCUUGGAGGUGCUGAAGUGCUCUCCUCCAUCCCUAGCCAAAGGUUCCAUUCAAGUUACUUAUCCUCUCUGUUAUGUUGAAGUGAUCUUGAACUGCAGUUGUUCUAUGGUGGUAACUUUCUUUUGUGUCAUAUUGUCUCUUACUGCUUUCUCUACUCAAUUGUGAGGUAUUAUUGGAAAUAUUGUAUUUAGUAGGAAUGCAUUUGACAACCUGGAAAGCUUGAUACAGUUUUGAAUUAUCCUUUCUUAUCUUUU